AUGGGCUGCUUCUGUUCAACUUCACAGAAAAACAAAGCGUCAGGUUAUGAGGAACCCACCGUUCUAGCAACUGAGACACCUUGUGAGUAUCAUGAUCCAUCAUUGAAUGUUACUGUUAAUGAAGUAGAAGCCUUGCAUGAACUCUACAAGAAGUUGAGCAAUUCAAUUGUCGAAGAUGGUCUUAUUCACAGGGAAGAAUUCCAGCUGGCACUAUUCAGGAAUAAAAACAAGAGAAAUCUGUUUGCAGAUAGGAUUUUCGACUUGUUUGAUCUCAAGCGCAAUGGGGUCAUUGAUUUUGGCGAAUUUGUUCGAUCAUUGGGUGUCUUUCACCCAAAUGCACCUUUAGAAGACAAAAUUACUUUUGCUUUUAGGUUGUAUGAUCUGAGGCAGACGGGGUUUAUUGAAAGAGAGGAGUUGAAGGAGAUGGUAUUGGCACUUCUCCACGAGUCGGAUCUUGAGCUUUCAGAUGAUAUGAUUGAAAGCAUUGUGGACAAGACAUUUAGUGAUGCUGACAUAAACGGUGAUGGAAAGAUCGAUCAAGAUGAGUGGAAAGCAUUUGUGUCCAAACAUCCAUCCUUGAUAAAGAAUAUGACUCUUCCAUAUCUGAAGGAUAUUACAUUGGCAUUUCCCAGUUUUAUUGUAAAUACAGAAACUGAAGACUCAGAGAUGUGA